UGUCCAAGCUAAAGCUUGCGUUCUCGUUCACCUUGGCAUUGACAGCUUAACACGGCAUUCCGCGUUUACGGUUUACCCAACACCAACGUCAACAGGGUCGAUUCAUUGCUCUUGCCUCCCAACAACAUCUUCACUCUCUCUCCUUCCAACAACACCAAUAACAAUAAGGCGAACGAGUUUUCUAGAAUUACAAGUGACCGUCUCAGAUCUGACAACUCCCCUUCAGCUUCAUCAACAUCAACGUUUCUGCUUUCCAGAUUUUCAUAAUUCGUUGCCAUGGCCGACGAUGAGGACAAGAAAGACUCAAAUGAUGCCACUUCUGCUCCCGAUGCUACUAAGAACAAGACCAAACGGUCGGGAAACAUCUUCUCGCGGAUCUUCAACGUCUUUCGUCUACACGGCGACGAUUUUGAGAAGAGACUCCAGUAUAUAUCCAAGGAAGAAGCAUCGGUUCUUUCCAGAAUGAAACGAAGAUCGCGUGCUAAGACCAGGAUCACUCGCAACCUCAUUAUUUUCUCCGUCCUUUUUGAGGUAGUUGCAGUCGGUUAUGCAAUCGUGACGACAAGAUCCAUGGAUCUCAAUUGGAAGAUGAGGGCAUUUCGAGUUUUGCCUAUGUUUCUUUUGCCUGCUUUAUCCGCGCUUAUCUAUUCAGCAUUUCUGAGCUUUGCUAGAAUGUGUGAUCGCAGGGACCAGAAAACUCUGGAAAGACUUCGGGCUGAAAGGCAAGCAAAAAUUGAUGAACUUAAAGAGAAGACAAAUUAUUAUACCACACAACAGCUCAUUCAGAGAUAUGAUCCUGAUCCAGCUGCAAAGGCAGCUGCUGCAACUGUCCUGGCAUCUAAGCUCGGUGCUGAUUCUGGCUUGAAAGUGUACCUGGGAGAUGAAUCUAAGCUUAAUGUCCCAACAGCGAAGAGCAAUGAUGUUGAAGUUGUGCAGUCUAGUGGCCUUCGAAAUCGGAAGCAAGUCCACACUCGAACCAGUAGCACGGGGAGCACUCCGUCACAUAAUUCUGAAGAAGAAACACAUCGUCCCUUUAGUAGUGAGGUUGCGGGAGCUUCGGAGCAUAACCAGCUGGUUGUUGUUGAUCAUUACAAUCCUCAGGGAUCAACUGCACAAGAUGGUGGAUGGAUUGCUCGAAUUGCUGCACUACUUGUGGGAGAGGAUCCGACGCAGUCAUAUGCCCUCAUUUGUGGUAACUGUCAUAUGCACAAUGGGCUUGCAAGGAAAGAGGAUUUCCCCUACAUAACUUAUUACUGCCCACAUUGUCAUGCUCUGAAUAGGCCAAAAAACUUGGAAGAGCAUAUCUCAGGUUCUAAUUCUCCUAACAUGAGCUCAUUGAGAAUGGCUGGGGCUGCUGAUUUGGUUAGUACUGCUGGUGGUUCUGGGACUGACAGUGUAAUUACCAGUAAGAGCCCUGUAAAAUCCGGUUCAGAGAUGGAAGAAGUAAAUGAAAGGGCGGCAUCAGGGGAGCUAGUUAGUUAGAAGGCAGAUUUACGGAACUCAGAAACUGGGAGAGAUUUAUGUUUAGUAGGUGUGGCCCUUGGUACUUUUUUUGUGGUUCUCUCAACGUCUUUCAUAUUUAGGUUUGGCACUUGUUGGCGCUAGGAUCAGAAAUAGUUGGGCAACUUGGUGGUUGAUUUUUUGCUUUGAAACUCUUUUGUGCUCUAUAGUGUAUCAUAGGUUACGUUGCUGUUGUGAUCAUGCAAUUUGUUCCCUUUUCCAAUUUUCCGCUUGCUUCUUCGUUAUCCUCUAUUUCUCAGUUUGGACCUUCAGGCCAUUGCUUGUUUUAUUGUGUUCCGUGGUAAUGGCGGUAGUUAUAUGGAUCUAUGAGUCGGGGCCUGGAGUGGGAAUAGGAAGAUGUGUAUGAAUAAUAUUGGAAAUAUAGAGGCUGUCUGUGUUCGUGAAUUCUCAGGAUCCACGUAAUUUGUGUAUUUAGUUA